GGCACUGACUGGCAUCACUGCUGGGCACUGACUGGCGGCACUGACUGGCACAACCCCUGGGCACUGACUGGUGGCACUGACUGGCAGCACUGCUGGGCUGCACUGGUGGGUGGCACUGGUGGGCAGCACUGGUGGGUGGGCACAGGUGGGUGGCACUGGUGGGCACAGGUGGGUGGGCACAGGUGGGUGGCACUGCUGGGCACAUGUAGGUGGCACUUCUGGGCACAGGUAGGUGGCACUGCAGAGUGGCACAGGUGGGCGGAGCUAGUGGGCGCACUGCUGGGCACAGGUGGGCGGAACUUGCGGGUGGCACUGCUG